AUGGCGACCCGAGUUGACCUGGCGCUACGGCAGGCUAUCCUGCUGAACGAUAUUGCGUUGGUCGAGCGGAUCCUAAGGAACAAUCCGACGUAUCUGCACAACCCGGACUACGCUGACAAGAGUAAUACCUCGUUGCAUUUAGCUUCUCAACAUGGUUUAGAAGAGAUCGCCGAAUUCCUGAUAUCGCUCGGUCAUGAUUGUACUCGACCAGUUGAAGACUGGAUCUAUAGCAACACGCAUGACAAUCUCGGAAUCUCGAUCAACACAGAUGGAAGGACGCCCCUUCAUCUGGCUGCUGCUCAUUCACGAGCCGAACUGGUCGCACUGCUUUGUAGGGAGUUUCCGCAGACGGUAACCCGAAGAGACCGGAAAGGCCAGACUCCCCUUCACCUCGCUUCGUCCUCACAGGUCACGCCCAAGCCAAACUUGCGGAAAGUGGUCAGCAAUGGUUCUAGAAGAACGGCAGCCCAGUCGCCGGAAGACAAUACCACGAUCGAGACACUACUAGCCAACGGAGCGGAUGUGAACGCGAAAGACGAACAGGGAAACACACCCCUCCACAAUGCCACUGCCUGGGGGAAUCUGAAGGCUGUACGGGCCUUGAUCCAGGCGGGCGCUGAUCCCAUGAGUAAGAACAAAGCCGGGUGGACGCCGCAGUUUUACAGCAUUACCGUCCAGGCGGAGGUUUACUACCGCAAUCUGGUCGCGGAGUGGGAGAAGAGGCGUGCAGAGGACAAGAUCCGGGCGGACGAAAGAAGAGGGAGAGGAGGCGGUGCGGUCAGGUUGGUUCCCCGGGACGACCAAAGUGAUGGUGACCUCGAAGCAGGCAGGACGUCGAGGGCAGAAACCAGCCGAGAACGAAGCUCGACGAGAAGUUCAGCGAGUCAGAGUGAUGCAGGCUUGGGCAUUAGUGUUGGCGGUUACGCGGACGCUUGGAAAUGA